AAUUUCUCAUUUUUCUUUUCAAAUUGUUUGUUUAAUGAUUUGCCUUAAACAUAGUUUGUGAUUUGUGAUUUUCACGAGUGUUAUUUGAUCUCAUCAACGCAAUUAAUCCUUCAGAGCAAAUAAAGUAGACAAUAGAAAUGUCUCUUAGAACUGGCAAAGAAGUAGACCCCAUCAAAAAUGAGAGAUCGGGAACUGUGAGGGAGGUUGGGGCUCAUGCCAUUUGGAGUCUUUCCUCAUGUAAACCAGGUUUUGGGGUUGAUCAACUUAGAGAUGAUCGAGCAGACACUUACUGGCAAUCAGACGGACAGUUGCCCCAUCUGGUCAACAUUCAGUUUCAACGGAAGACCACCAUAAGUGACAUUUAUAUGUAUACGGACUAUAAACUAGACGAAAGCUAUACCCCUAGCAGGAUAUCAAUAAGAGUCGGGACACAUUUUAAUGAUAUUCAGGAAAUUGAAGUUGUACCUUUGGUUGAACCUUCUGGUUGGGUCCAUGUACCAAUAAGAGACAUUAGAGAAAGACCGAUAAGAGUAUUCAUGAUCCAAAUAGCGGUAACUAGUAAUCACCAAAAUGGCAGAGACACUCACAUGAGGCAAAUUAAGAUCCACAGUCCAAUAGAAAAUCCAAAAAUCGGUUUCGAACAUUUCAGGAACUUCUCUACUGUCGAGAUGCAAAAGUAUGCCACCAUCAGGUAAAUUCCUUAAGGGAUAAAUCAUCCUUAGGUUAGAGUAAAUACAUAUGUGUAUAUCAGUUGAUUUUGUUGUGUUGUGAAAAAAAACUACAUAUAAACCAGCAAUUUUUUUAUUACAGAAAUAAUGUACAAAAAAGAUUUAUUUAAUCUACCGGGUGUACUAGAUUCAACUUUAUUUGUCAUUAAAUUCUAAUGCUUAUAAAACUGUUUUUCUUCUUGGACAUGAUGUUUCAAAACUUGAAUAAAAGUAAUUUUGAUGCA